AUGGAGGAACCACCUUCUACAUCUAAAAGGGCCAUCGGUACUGACCAGUCGACGUCGAAAAAAUCGACAUCAAAAAUUGCUUCGGGGACAUCGAAGGCUACGACUAAAAAGCUGCAAAGACAGGUACCUCUAAAGCCUACCAAAGCGACGCCUACACCGUCAAAGAAGGAGCUCAACAAAAACCCCGUGGAAGGCUUUUCAGCAGGCUUAAUAGAUGAUAAUGAUCUCUAUCGAUGGGAAGUCCUUAUUAUUGGUCCUCCGGAUACACUAUAUGAAGGCGGUGUCUUCAAGGCUCAUCUUACUUUCCCAAAGGACUACCCACUCAGGCCGCCAAAAAUGAAGUUUAUCACAGAAAUAUGGCAUCCAAAUGUUGACAAAAAUGGUGAUGUCUGUAUUUCCAUCCUUCACGAGCCUGGUGAAGACAAAUACGGCUAUGAGAAACCCGAAGAACGCUGGCUUCCCAUCCAUACUGUGGAAACUAUCAUGAUUAGUGUAAUUUCUAUGCUGGCAGAUCCCAACGGCGACUCUCCUGCAAACGUUGACGCAGCGAAAGAAUGGAGGGAAGAUAGAAAUGGAGAAUUCAAGAGGAAAGUCGCCCGCUGUGUAAGAAAAAGCCAAGAGACAGCUUUUGAGUGACAUUUAAUUCAGCAGCUAGUAGCUUCACUUUUUCAGGGUCUCCAAUUGAGGAACGUGGCACUGUUUUUUCCUGCACUCUACCCACCUAUUGCUGGACUUCUGUUUAUACCAAGUUGGCAGACACUGGCUGGAACUGGGCUGCAAUAAAACAUGCCAGUUAUCAAUGCUGACAGAGCCUAACAAGUGCCAACAAAGAUUUGCGCAUUUUGAAAACUAAUGAACUGCUUUAACCUUCAGGAAGAAUUGUAAAGAUGUGUACAUAGCACAACGUGAUCCGGAUAAUAUAUAUACUGUUCAUGUACAUCCACAAAUACACAUUGUACCAAAUAAUGCUGUCUUGUAGUUAGGAUAAGUAAAGAAUCGUGUAAAUUCUAAAGAUUUUAGCAGGUUUUCUCCCCCCCCCUCCCCCCCAUGGUUUUUUCUUAUCAGUCCUUAAAAUUUUCUUGUGAAGCAUGUUGGACUAAACAAAUUAGGAUUUAAAAAAAAAAGAUUCCGUUUAACUUUUUUCUUUGAGCCAUUGAUGCUUCAUUAAAAUCUUUCACUUUAAUAAAGUUUAAUAUCUUUGUAAUUCUCUCCCUUCCCCUGAACUUUUUUCGGAGGUCCUUAAUACAACAGAAGAGAUCUGUUCCUUGAUUCCAACAAUGACUUGAGCACUGUCACCAUCAUCAAAAGGUGCAUUUCUUCUUCUGACAUUUACCAGCCCAGCUGUGCACGUCUCUUGGAUGGGAUGUAGCAAUAAAACUUACAGCUGUGGAACUCCCUUGAGCUUGUUGUAUUCCCCAAAGGGCUGAGCAGUUUUGCUUCGGAAAAUGGUUAGCCUGAUAUAGGAUGAGCUGCUUUACUUUGAUUUCUUGCCUGGUUUUGGUUGGAUAAAUAAAAGCAUGCAGAUCUCUAGGCUUUCAAGUGAGUUCUGGUUUUGGCAUUAAAUGCUGUUCCUCUUGCCCACAUACACCCUUGCCUCUUCCCUCUUACUCCUUUCCCCCCCUCCCUUCUGAUCUUCUGCAGGUUUUCCUCACAGUGUAUAAAGAUAAAUUGCGAUGUAUAUUUUCAUG